UCAAGAGACUGAAGCAACUAUAUCAGCGUUCUUCCAUAAGAAAAACUGAGCAUGUCCGACGAGUACAUAUACACUCAAGCCUACAUACAUACUUAUACACCCCAAUUAUCCACUCCAGCAAGCUCGCAGGGAUAGGAGGAUCGUGAAGAAUCACUAUACUCCAACCCACCCCGCAAAAUCCUGCCGCCCAUCUUUCAAAAGAAUUCUACAAAUAUCUACAUCUACACCCAAAAAAAAAAGGAAUCAAAAUGCCCCAAACUUACCAAAUAAUCCCCGCCACAACCCCCCACCACCUCCUCGCCGCCCGCGCCCUCUUCACAGCCUACGCCACCUGGCUGAACAUCGACCUAACCUUCCAAAACUUCCAGGCCGAGCUAUCCUCUCUCCCCGGGAAAUACAGUCCCCAGGAAGGUGGUGACCUUCUCCUCGCAUACAGCAGCAGCGCAGACCCCUCUUCCUCUCCGCUGGGCUGCGUGGCUCUCCGUCCGCUCCCAGUCAAAGACGAUGAGCGGCAGCAACUCUGCGAGGUCAAGCGGCUGUAUGUUGCACCUGAAGCGCGGAAGAUGGGACUGGGGCGGGCGUUAGUGAGUGCGAUUGUGACGAGGGCGAGGGAAUUAGGGUAUCGGGGGAUGAGACUCGAUACGUUGCGGAGUAUGGAAGGGCCGAUUCGCCUGUAUCGCAGUUUGGGGUUUGUGGAGGUUGGGCCGUAUUAUGAGACGCCUUUGGUGGAGGAGACGGUGUUUUUGGGGUUGGAUUUUGGGGAGGUGUAGAUCUUAUUUUCUUAUUCUACUGUACGGGAUAUUGGGGAAGGAUGGGAGGGGGGUUGUAUCAUGAUUUAAUUCUUUUGCAUGUCGGGUUUGAGCAAAUGGGAAAAAGAAGGUUGGGGUAUAGACUUGAUUAAGACAGAGAUUAUUUAGUUAUAUAAGUUCAUUCCUUCAAUAGUUACUAGACAUAACUAAGCAAA